GGGGCGGAGCUGCGGGCCGUGGCGAGGUUUGCGUGCGCGGCGGGGGUCUGUGAGGAGAUUUGUGCGGCGGCGGUGAAGAACAAUAAUAAUAAAUAAUAAAGAGGGGGAGAUAUCGCCGCCCGGUGCCGGUGAGCGGGGUCCUCCCCACCCUCCAGGUGGAAGCGGGGUCUUCGUAGCGUCUUCUCCCCCCUCCUCCGUCUCCUAGGCCUCUCUCCGGCCUGCAGAGGGGGAGAAAGGGUGACCGGAGGCCGCACCUCAGAGAGCCCCCUCCCCCCCCGGGGACAGCGCCGGCUUCUUCCCUUAUACAGGUCAAACGUCAACUUUCUCUUCUCUUGAAGCAUUAUGUCCUCCAUCUUGCCCUUCACGCCGCCGGUUGUGAAACGCCUCCUCGGCUGGAAGAAGUCGGCCAGCGGGGCUGGAGGGGGGGAGCAGAAUGGCCAGGAAGAGAAGUGGUGCGAGAAGGCAGUUAAAAGCUUGGUGAAAAAGCUGAAGAAAACUGGACAGCUCGACGAGCUGGAGAAAGCAAUCACCACACAGAACUGCAAUACCAAAUGCGUUACGAUCCCCAGCACUUGCUCUGAAAUUUGGGGACUGAGUACACCAAAUACCAUAGAUCAGUGGGAUACCACAGCCCUUUACAGCUUCUCUGAACAAACCAGGUCUCUCGAUGGCCGCCUUCAAGUGUCCCACCGUAAAGGGUUACCGCACGUCAUUUACUGUCGCCUCUGGCGCUGGCCAGACCUUCACAGUCAUCACGAACUGAAGGCAAUUGAAAAUUGUGAAUACGCAUUUAAUCUUAAGAAAGAUGAAGUGUGCGUCAACCCUUAUCACUAUCAAAGAGUGGAAACUCCCGUCUUACCACCUGUAUUAGUGCCGCGCCACACGGAGAUCUUAACAGAACUUCCUCCUCUCGAUGACUACCAACAUUCCAUUCCGGAAAACACUAAUUUCCCAGCAGGCAUCGAGCCGCAGAGCAACUAUAUACCAGAAACUCCACCUCCCGGGUACAUUAGUGAAGAUGGAGAAACUAGCGAUCAGCAACUUAACCAAAGCAUGGACACAGGGUCACCAGCCGAGCUUUCUCCUAGUACACUUUCUCCUGUCAAUCACAGCUUGGAUUUGCAGCCUGUUACUUAUUCUGAGCCGGCCUUCUGGUGUUCAAUAGCUUACUACGAGUUGAACCAGCGAGUGGGAGAAACGUUCCACGCGUCGCAGCCUUCACUCACAGUCGAUGGUUUCACGGACCCGUCAAAUUCUGAGAGAUUCUGCUUGGGUUUACUGUCUAAUGUCAACCGCAAUGCCACAGUGGAAAUGACCAGACGCCAUAUAGGAAGAGGAGUCCGGUUGUAUUACAUUGGGGGAGAAGUGUUUGCAGAGUGCCUCAGUGAUAGUGCUAUUUUUGUCCAGAGUCCAAACUGUAAUCAGCGGUAUGGAUGGCAUCCAGCGACCGUGUGUAAGAUUCCUCCAGGCUGUAACCUGAAGAUCUUCAAUAACCAAGAGUUUGCUGCUCUCCUUGCUCAGUCAGUGAACCAGGGAUUCGAAGCAGUUUACCAAUUAACCAGAAUGUGCACUAUCAGAAUGAGCUUUGUCAAAGGCUGGGGUGCCGAAUACAGGCGGCAGACAGUCACAAGCACUCCUUGUUGGAUUGAGCUUCACCUGAACGGACCUUUACAAUGGCUGGACAAAGUGUUGACUCAAAUGGGCUCUCCCUCAGUCCGCUGCUCCAGCAUGUCCUAAUGGGGCUUUCUUUUUUUUUUUUUUUCAACAUUUUUUUUUUUAAACCCCCUUGUUCGACCUGUGGGUUCAAUACAAAGUCUUGGCAGCAGACUUAAUUCAGCUUGUCUGUCCAUAGUAUUUGUGUGUGGUCCCCAUGAACUGUUUACAAAUCCAAAAAAAGAAAAAAAAAAUACUGAGAAACAGCACUUGAGGUUCCAUCAGCUUAAAGCACCUUGUUGGAUAACAUUUUCUGAUACCAUAGAGGAAAGUGCAGUGUGAAGUCACUCCUUUGGGAAGGGAUGUUUUAAAGGACAUUUAACGUAUUAUUGGGCAUAUAUCGGAGUGUCCAAAUGGUUUAACAAUAACAUGAGCGGCCCUCUUAUGCGUCAUGUAUAAUUACUACAUUUUUGCUGUUAUACAUUUUUAGAUCCCGAUUGGGGUGUGUCUGCUUCUUUUAUUUUAGUCCCUCCACCCCAAAACCAUUUUUUUGCCAUUUAUUAUUACCCUUAGCAUAUUUGUAUUUUUUUUUUUUUUGCCUAUUUUAUAAGUUGACUUAAUAACAAUGCAUGCUUGCUCACCUUCCCAUACUUUUUUUCUUAGCAGCCAUAGAACUAGCCAUGCCAUAUUUUUCGUCUUUUUCUCUUGGUGGCUACGUCUUAAAGUCAUUUUUUCCCUCCUUUUUUUUUUUUUUUUUUUUUAUUAUAUAUUACAGAAUUAUGCACUUGCAAGAUUACAUCUUCAGAGACAGUAGCCAAUUCAACUUUUUUGUUCAUGAUGACAAAAUCAUUUGAGAUUCUAGAAUAAUAAAGUGAAGGUUUUUUAAAUUUUAAGUGCAUGUUAUUGUGGACCCUUGGACACUACAUUUUGCACCCUAUUAAAGUAUCUUUCCAGUUGUCUGCCUUUAAGGACUGGUUGGGUCAAUGAUUGUGUAGACAAGGGUACUCUGACUUUAAAGUGUACAUCUUACUAACAAACUCAUUCUUUAGCUGUCUGUCCUUUUUAUAAACGUGAGAGUGGCAGGAUUUCCUUUCAUCUCUCUUUCUUCCUCUCUCUUUAUCACUGUCUCUCCCUCCACCCUGGGCUGCAUUGACUACAUUAGUAUUGUACUUUGUAAGUACAGCUAGUGACCUUUGUCGGCUUUCAGAACAAACUUUGUGGCCAGUGUUAGGUUUAAUAAUCACUAGGCUAAGUUGCGGAAAGUGAUUACGCGUCUGUAUAGCGUAUCGUUACCCCCUCCUCCUCCUGCCGCUGGUCAUGUUCGAGGAGUUUCUUCUACUGGGACAGGCAAGAAAAUAUUUCACUCAGUUGCGCCCGCCGUCUAUGAUUUUGAAGGGUUCUUGAAAACAUGCCCUGCUGUGGGUUCAUUGAAGAUCUGGAGUUGAAGAUGCCUGCUGUAGUACCUAGAUGCAAUUCCGAGACUGUUCAAUGGUAAGCAGAAAGCCAAACCGUAAAAAAAAAAAAAGACGUAAUUGGCAAAAGCAUUUAACAUUUGUGAACUAGUUUUACCAGUAGAUCGUUGUAUUGGUAGAACUUGUGAACUUGACAUAAGCUUUGUGCGUGUUGCAUUUGCCGAAUAUGUGAAUACACUAAUAAAAGGUUUAAUUCUCA